AAGAAUGGACAAAGUUGCUGUGAUGAAGUCUGAUACUGUGCUUCAUUUGGACGACAGCAGGAGAGCAGAGGAGAGGAGCAGACUGAGCUGUGGAGACUUUCCUCAGACGAGUUUAACAGACGGACAGAACGCAGAUCUGCUGCGAUGCCAAGAGAGCGCUGAAGGCAACUCCGCCAUAAAGUACAGGAGAUAUGGGUCUCGUCUGAGCGGAGUGAAAGUUCGCCACAAGAGACAGGUGCUGCAGGACAUGGCCCGGCCGCUGAAACAUUGGCUAUACAAACACCGAGACAACCCCUAUCCCACCAAGACCGAGAAGGUCCUGCUGGCUCUGGGCUCACACAUGACUCUAGUGCAGGUUUCCAACUGGUUUGCAAAUGCUCGGCGAAGACUGAAGAACACAGUGAGGCAGCCAGACCUGAGCUGGGCCCUGAGGAUCAAACUGUACAACAAAUACAUCCAGGGAAACGCCGAGAGGCUGAGCGUGUGCAGCGACGACACCGACUCAGAUGACGAAGAGUGUCCCUCACGGACUCCUAUCAGCCAGUCAAACUUUGGCAGGUCGUCCUCCCACAAGAGCGUCCUCCAGAAACAGGGCAGCGUCCUCGCCAUGGCCGACUCCGCCAACAGUGACGACAGCACGUCCCCUCCGUCCAAGUACAAGAGCAGCUUGCUGAAUCGAUAUCUGAACGACACCCUGCGACACAUGAUGGCGACGAAGGCCGAAGGCGUCGCCUCGGCCCGGAAGAGGAGGAGCCACUCCGAGUCUUUCAGCUCCAACGACUGCGAUCGAGACGUCGUCUCUCCAGCGUCGUCCUACGAAGAGGCCAACUUCGUCUACCACAUGGACGCAGUGGACUAUACUUCAACCAAAUGUGACAGGGACCAGCAGCAGGACCGAGGCCCGCAGAGACGAGGCGACCAGGGCUGGAGGGAGAUCCACGCCGCCGUGGCUCUGACCAGCUUGGCCCAGGGGCAGAGCAGCGCCUCGGGGCCCGGCGCCGCCGCCGCCACGGUGCUGCAGAGCCGAGAGCCCUUCUCCGUCUCCAGGACCGCUAUCACAGACAGGAUGUGUGUCACGGGGCCAACCCUCACGAGCCGCAUCAUCCAGAAAUCCUCUCACAUCUCUGAGGUCCAGACUGUCAAAGUCGCCCUGGCAAACAGCGUGUAGACCGGGAAACACGCCACCAGACGCCCAAGUGCCUUGCAACAUAUGUACAGCCCCUGAGACCAUUGGUUUUUUAAUUUCUGACAAGCAUUUUUAAUCAUUUUUACAUUGUAAAAUAGAAACACUAACCUAACGCCGUUGAAUUUUGUCCACUGUUUUUUGCUCUGUUCCUUCAUGUCUUCCUAUUGCUCUCUGUUGCAGUAAGUUAUAUUAACUUCCAGGAGACUGGAUCAUCAUCCAACGCUAAAGUCUGACAGCAGCUAUUUGAAUAAACCCAAUGUGAAAUCUU